GUGAUGUAGUGCAUGGCAUCGUUUGUUCUCCCAAAUCCUAAGCAAAGCUUCUUUGAUCUUCCUCUUUGAAAAAAAAAACAAUGGUGCAAUAUGAUUUCAAGAACAUCAGUGCUGUCCCAAUCGGGAACGAGUUUGUCGAUCUCAUCCUUCCCCGCCUUCAUCGUCAGACUCCGAAUGUCCUCCGUAAAGGUUUCAAUAUCAACCAUCUUCGUCAAUUCUACACACGCAAAGUUAAAGAGACAGAAGUCAGUUUUUGCGACAAGCUCUCAACCAUUAUCGAAGAAUUUCCUGGCCCUGAUGAGAUCAACCCUUUGUACAAUGACCUUCUUAGCUUGAGUUUCGAUAGAGAUCACUACAAGUUGGCUCUAGGUCAAGUGAAUACUGCUAGACAUAAGAUUAUCGAAAUAUCUAUUGAUUAUGUAACGCAACUUGAGUUUGGUGAAUCUUUGAAGCAAUGCAAAGUCCUAAAAACGAGUGCUAUUGGAGAAAUGUUUAGUGUUAUAAACGAAAUCACUCCUAGUUUGGCUUUUCUAGAGCAGAUCAGACAACACAUGGUAAGGCUUCCUUGGAUUGACAUAAACACUCCAACUCUCUUGGUUUGUGGAUACCCUAGUGUGGACAAGGCUUGUUUUAUGAACAGAAUCAACACCGGAGCUAGUGUUGAUUGCACCACUAAGUUGUCAGUGAAUUUUGCUGUUGGUCAUACUGAGUACAAGGAUUUGAGGUUCCAAGUGAUUGAGAUUUUGGAUAGGCCUACAUUUGGAGACUGCAAUGUUAUAGCCGCAUUGACUCGUCAUCUUCGAGCUGCUCUUAUUUUAUUCUUUAUGGAUGCUUCAGGUUCGUGCGGUUACAGCGUUGCACAUCAGGCCGUUCUUUUCUAUAGUCUAAAGUCUCUGUUUAUGAAUAAACCAUUGGUAGUUGUCUGCGACGAGACUUAUUUGAUGCAAAUACCGGAACAAGAUUGGAAACUGAUUGAAGAGAUGACUAGUGGAAUGGGAGGAUAUGAAGACAAAGAAGAAGAAACGGUUUUGAGGAUUAGCAAUAUGAGGACGGAAGAGGGUGUAAUGUCUGUGAAGAACACUGCGUGCGAAAGGCUAUUAGAUCGAAGAGAAAGAUUGAGUUGCAUAGCUGAGGGGUUGAAGAACAAAUACAUUUUGGCUUGUCAAGAAGACGACAUAAUUCCUCAAACUGAUCUUGAUGAUGAUGAUCAUAAUGUUUCCGACUUGUUGGUUGAUUCAAACGUUUUGUUUAAGCUUAAGGAGUUGGAAGAUGAAGAAGGAAUCAAGAAGGCUCCUGAGGAUGAAGAAGAUGAUUUUGUGAUGGCCAAGGAACAUGUUAGCGAGGCUCACAAGGACCAACUUGUUGCAUUCCGCAAGAUUCAACCGACUCUAAGGUUUUUGAUUUCUGCUUUCGAAUCGGAUCUGUACUUAAUCAUGGAUACUCGUAAGAGAGGACGGCCCGAAGCUGGCUCAUUCAACUCCAAUGGCGGCGGAUACAAGAAGUCUAAACAAGAGAUGGAAUCAUAUUCAACUGGUUUAGGAAGCAAAUCGAAGCCAUGCACAAAAUUUUUCAGCACUUCUGGCUGUCCUUUUGGAGAGAAUUGUCAUUUCCUGCAUUAUGUUCCUGGAGGAUACAAUGCUGUAUCGCAGAUGACAAAUAUGGGACCACCCAUGCCUCAAGUUUCCAGAAACAUGCAAGGUUCUGGUAAUGGAGGCCGAUUCUCAGGGAGAGGAGAGUCUGGGCCUGGCCAUGUCUCUAGCUUUGGUGCCUCAGCCACUGCCAAAAUUAGUGUUGAUGCCUCUUUAGCCGGUGCAAUCAUUGGAAAAGGUGGAGUCAGUUCAAAGCAGAUAUGUCGUCAGACGGGGGCAAAGUUAUCAAUUCAAGAUCACGAGAGAGACCCAAACUUGAAGAACAUUGAGCUUGAAGGAACAUUUGAGCAGAUAAACGAAGCGAGUGCAAUGGUAAGAGAAUUGAUUGGGAGGCUUAAUUCAGCAGCUAAGAAACCACCUGGCGGUCUUGGUGGUGGUGGCAUGGGUUCUGAAGGGAAACCGCAUCCAGGGAGCAACUUUAAGACUAAGAUAUGUGAGAGAUACUCUAAAGGAAACUGUACAUUUGGUGAUAGAUGUCACUUUGCUCAUGGGGAAGCAGAGCUACGCAGGUCAAUCGCCUAGUUGUUGCUUGCAGGUGGAGAAUUUGCUGGCAAAACUAGUUACUUCUUUAGUGGUGGUGAUAUCUGAUAUCAUCUUCACCUACUUUGUUUUUGUUGGUUAUGAGAGAAUACAAUGUUAGUUUCAUU